AUACAUGUUUCACACUUUCAAGCAAGAAGUAUCCAUCAGCCAACUCACCCCGUUUCUUGCUUCAUCUGUUCAUAUUUUAUUACUACUACCUUAAAGCAUUUUGUGCUACCUUGCUUGCUUGUUAAUCAAUAUCUAGAGGGUAUCAUGGAGCUUCAACUAGGUCUUUCCCUUCCAACCUACAAUUUUAUUGAAAACUUUGACCUGAACAAUGGUGGGUUUGAGCCCAAAGAUCAGAUGCUUGGUUCGAAACCAUGGAUCAGCUGUGAAGAUGGUAAUUACUUGGACAACAAACGUAGCUUUGAAGUAGCCUUUGAAAAGAAUAUCAAAGAUGCAUCUCAAGAAUUGCCUUUACUUUUAUGGAGUGGCCAACCAAAUGAUGAAGAUGAUUGGAAUGGAGAGAAGAAAAUCUCUCGUAGCAUUAACAAGGAUGAUGAAGAGGAAAAUCAAGUUGUGGGGUGGCCACCUAUUAAGUCAUGGAGGAAGAAGGUGCUUCAUCACCAGCAUCAAGCUGGUCAUGUUGUGAAUAGUACUAGAAUGGCAACAGCUGGGAAUAAUGAAUAUGGUACUGGAUCAAACUCCAAGUAUGUCAAGGUGAAGAUGGAAGGAGUAGCAAUAACAAGAAAGAUUGAUUUAAGGCUCUACAACUCUUAUCAGACACUCACAAAAUCCUUGAUCAGCAUGUUUGCUAAAUGCAAAAACCUUGAAAAAGAUGCUGCACGUUACAGUCUGACAUACCAAGACAAAGAUGGGGACUGGCUAGUUGCAGGAGAUGUUCCAUGGCAGACUUUCAUGGAGUCUGUGCAGCGUUUGAAGAUAGUAAGGAAUGCUGUUUUGCAGCCAGCUAGUCCCUCUCUCACUCUCCCUUCCUGUGUGUGCUUUGUAAUGGGGGUCUUGAGCUUCUUUUUCUUUGUUUUUUUGGUGUCUCAGGUUGGUUUUGGACAGCAAACUACUGAUCCUAAAGAAGUGGAUGCUCUAAACAAAUUGAUAGAUUACUGGAAUUUGAGAGACAGGUUGAAUAUUACUGAUGACCCCUGCAUCCAGAAUGCAACAUGGGCUAAUGAAAUAGCAAAUCCUAGAGUUGCUUGUGAUUGCAGCGGCAACACCUGCCAUAUCACUCACCUGAAGAUUUAUGCUUUAGACAUUUCUGGUGAGAUACCAAGUGAACUGUUUGUCCUUAAGGAGCUGAUGGACUUGAAUCUUGGUCAAAAUGUACUAAAUGGUUCCAUCCCAGCAGAAAUCGAACAGCUGUCGAAUAUGCAAUACCUUAGCCUCGGCAUCAACAACUUCACGGGUCCAGUGCCUCAAGAACUUGGAAAUCUAACCAAGUUGAUUAUCCUAAGUUUUAGCUCGAACAAUUUCGUUGGACCACUGCCUACAUCCCUUGGAAAGUUGACCUCCUUGCAGGAGCUGUAUAUUGAUAGCAGUGGAGUCAGUGGACCGAUCCCGCAAGAAUUUGCAAAUCUGAAAUCUCUUCAAAUUCUCUGGGCAUCUGAUAACCAGUUCACCGGAAAGCUUCCAGACUUCUUUGGAACUCUGACAGAACUCAGGACCCUGCGGCUUCAAGGGACAUUGCUUGAAGGUCCAAUUCCAAACAGUUUUAGUGCUCUAAACAAGCUGGAAGACCUGAGAAUCGGCGAUCUUAGCGGUGAAGAUUCUUCCCUUGAGUUCUUGCAAAACCAAAAAACUUUGUCUAUAUUGAUCUUGAGAAACUGUCUACUGUCAGGAAAAAUUCCAGACCAACUGGGGGAAUUUUCUAAGUUGCAAGAACUGGAUUUGAGUUUCAACAAAUUAACAGGUCAAAUUCCAGAAUCAUUUCAAGAUUUAGUUUCGUUACAGUAUCUGUAUCUUGGAAGCAACAACUUGAAUGGACAGCUCCCUGCAAAUAUCCUAGGUCCAAAUAUAAUUGCAAUAGAUGUCUCAUUCAAUCCCCUUUCUGGAAGUUUGCCACAAAACUUUGCCAAGGCUGGAUUAUCGAUGAAUGUUGUCGGAACUUCCAUUGAUGCAAACAAUUUACAGGACAAGAAGGCUUCUGGGAUGUUGCAGUGCCUCCAAGCUGAUUUCAAGUGCAGCAACAAAGUUCCAUCAAAAUCAUUUUCUGUCAAAUGUGGAGGCACAGGCCAAACGUCUGCAUCUGGGGUUGAAUAUGAAGGUGAUUUUGAGUCAAUGGGAUCUGCUUCACUAUACACAAGCUCAGAAAAUCUAUGGGCGGUAAGCAAUACUGGAAAUUUCAUUUCGAACCCAAACGGACCCCAAUACAUAGCACAGACAGGCUCUCAGAUCACAGGAACUUUGGACUCUGAGCUAUAUAAGACAGCAAGGAUUUCGCCGAGCUCGUUGAGGUACUAUGGCCUUGGUCUAAAGAAUGGCAUAUACAGUGUUGAGCUUCACUUUGCAGAGAUAGGAAUGGUUGACUCUCACUCUUGGAAAGGUCUCGGAAGGCGCAUAUUCGACGUUUACAUUCAGGGAGAGAGAGUUCUCAAGGACUUCAACAUAAAAGAAGCAGCUGGUGGAUCCAAGAAAGCCUUGAUUAAAGCAUUUGAAGCAAACGUGACAAACACAAUCAUGGACAUUCACUUCUUUUGGGCUGGUAAAGGCACUUGCUGCAUUCCAUAUCAAUCCACAUAUGGACCUUUAGUAUCAGCCAUUCAUGUUUCUCGAGCAUCUGAUGCUGCCGGCUCUUCCAAAAGGGACAAGAAACGUAUAGGAAAACUCAUCGGGAUAUCAGUGGCAUGCGUAGCUGGGCUUGUGAUCAUCUCUUCUGUAUUUUAUCUAUGGUGGAUAAAGGAGGAUUCACCUAAGCACAAGAGAAUUUACACAGAUUCACCCAGGAAAUGAUCAAUGCCAGGAACUUGAGCCCUAAAAGGAUCCUGCAAAGGACCAUGUGGAUAAUCAAUUUUCAGGCAAGAAUGCCUUAAGCAAUAUAAUCGUGAAACAAUGUAUCACCAGUAUAUGCUAUGUAUUUCAGGCCAGGUUUUUACUUUGCUUUACAAGAAUCCUAAUCAACGUGAAGGUUAGGGUACCAGUUUCCAUGCUUCCUUGUUAGAUUUAUGUACUAGAACUGUAUAUAGUCAAUAAAGUUGGUUGAGUGCAAUCA